CUCAUCUGCCCAGACACUUUCCGGUGGGUGGGGAUGUGCACAGACAAACCAGCAGGCUGGGGACCAUGGAGACUGAGGAAAUCUACAUGAACCAGGAGCUCAAGAUGCAGGCGGCAGCCUUCAAAGACAAGAAAAAGGGGCCCCCAGACUGUAAAGAAGGUGCAGAUGACCCUGCCUAUGAGAAUAUCACCUUGACCUUCAGAAACCGGGAUCAGUCAAAAAGCAGUCAUUCACUGCCCAAGAAUAAGGUCCCAGUCCGGUCCAGGCCAUCCUCGGACCCUGCCCAGUUCUCCCACUGGUUGCACAGAGCCAUGAUGAGCCUACACAUUCUCCUCGCCCUGUCCUGUGUUGUCCUCUUGGCCUUGGUCCUGAUGAAGAAUUCCGAGCUGUCCCAGGAGCUGCUGGUCUUGAAAAGGGAGAUCUGGAAUGUCUCCAUUUCGGUGCGAGAGUGCCAGAAAGAGCAGAAGGCAGGCUGGAGCACCAUCAAGGAGAGGACCAACUCGAACAAGGAGCUCAUUGAAAUGGUCAAGAACAAGGUCCAGGAGGGGAACCUGAAACUGAGGACACUGCCAACAGACCUAACCAACAUCAGGAAUGAGUUACGGAAAAUCACUGAGAUGCUGAAGACCCCAAGUCCAAAGCCCACAACUAAAUAAAUGAGAAGACAUCAAAACCCUGGCUGCAGAAUGGAGGACAAGGUUGCACCUCUCAGUGAAGAUGGAAAAUGGGGGCCCCAGCCUGGUCUGAACCUGUGUUUCAUUCCACCUGUAGAAAACCACGUGUCCCGGUGCAUGAGUGUUGUGGCUUUGUGUGUGUGCCUGUGCACUUGGCGGGGAUAAGCACUUCACAAAGGAAGGUGUUAUGGGUGCAUGUUGGGAGUCGCAGCGACUGGGGUGUGCACCCCUGUGUCACUGUACACGUGUGGGUGUGGGUGACACGUGUUGCACCUGAGUGUUUCACUGUCAGAGUAAACACGCGUGUGUCCUGUGCAAUGGAGUUGUGCCAGGGUGGGGGUGGGGUACACCGUGCGAAUGUGCCUCUAUAAUUGUGGGUGUGCCCCGUCACUGCCUGUGCUGGUGUGAAUAGGAAUUUGCGGACAUGAGUGUGUCUGAUUAUGCCACCAAGGGUGUUCACAGUGUGUACCCGGGCAUGCGUCCAUUCCUUUCUGCACUCUCAUUGCGUGGUCCGUGAAGAUAAAGGCCAAGGGGAAACAGUG